CGUAAGAAAUUGCCGCAUAAUAAGUUUCGCCGUGGAGUGAAGAAAGAGCACGUGGUCGGAAGGGAGAGCGUAAGGGAAGCGGACGGGAUCGGGAAGACUUCGCGCGUAUUAUGAAAAGAUUCGUGGGAGAAAGGUGUAAGGCUGCCGAUGCGGAAGUCAUCGUCAUUGCGGAAAUUCCCCGGGGACGAUAUUCGGCCGUGGGCGGGGAGCUCCGUGGGGGUGGCCGGAGGUCAGCGAGAGGUAGAGCGAUAUAAUCAGGGGGCCAUUGUGAUGCGUCGAGGCGCGCGAUCAUCGGAUCCGGCGAGCUGCCAAGCGGACGUAGGAAGCUGUAAUCGAGGUUCCUGGUAAUCUUAUGACCACAAUUUCUGUCGUCAAAUUGUCUUCUGCGCGACGAAGGGAUAUAAUGUUGCGCGUCCUGGGAGUUCGGCUGCUGUCGCGGCUCCUCGUGCUUGUCUGCUCUCUAUCGCUAUUGUCGCUCCUCUUCCUCAGUCGCUGUGGCUUCAAUAAUCUCGACGCCGACCUCGUCGAUACGUCCGGUCCUUCGACGUCGGCCAGUAGCAGCCUCCUGGAAGCAAAUCAACGCGAGGAGGAGACAAGACUCGAGGUUGAGAGACUGACUGCUGAGAUCCGUACUCUCAAAUUACAAAUAUUGCAACUGACGGGCGGACCACCGGGUCACGGCUAUGACACGUCGUCAAUGCUAAAUAGCAGUGAAAUCGGUGACUGCCUGGCCGCUCGACGACAAGUCGAUCAAGCUGAAAUUACCCAAGGACUUUCGCUCAAUAACGAGUACGAGCUCAUAGCUUUUAGUCACUUUACCGUCUCGCGACUUUAUCCCGUGGAUUUGGGCCUCGGUAAGCGCGUCGUUGAAAAGCCCAUUGGCUUCAAACGCAAGGAUCUUAACGAAGCCCUACUCAAGGCCGUUGAUAUCCUCAAUCGGAACGCAUCGAUUGUUGGCUUCCAGCAGUCAGGGACGGGGACCAUGUCCACGGUUAGAUACAGCGAGGACGAUUUCCUCGAGGGUCUCUAUCGCAUUGAGCCGACCACGGGCACCCAAUACGAGAUGUAUUUCAAAACGAAGAAUCUUAAUAAAAGCACAGCGCAAACAAGUUCCCAAGGCCAGAGUAGUAGCGGUGCUGCUGGACCGCAGAGCAGUUACACGAAGAUUACGCUAAUGAGGCCGUACGCGCCGAUUCAGUUCGUUGGAUUGGAGAAGCAACAGCGCAGUCGUGAGAAGGAACUCAUCCAUAUCAUUUUACCGCUUUCCGGGAGGACAGGCACCUUCCAGAGCUUCAUGGACAAGUUUGUGAAAAUCGGGUUGAAGAACGACCGACGGGUACACUUGACAGUCGUCUACUUUGGCACGGAGGGUCUGAGCGAGGCCCGAGCCAUAAUGUCGAGAGUUCUGAUGACAAGGGGUAGUGGCGGAACUAAUCAGAAUCUGAGACUUUUGGCGCUGAAUGAGACGUUCUCGAGGGGUAAGGGCUUGCGAGUGGGUGCGGAAAGGGCUUGGGGCGGUGAGAAGGAUGUACUACUCUUCAUGUGCGAUGUAGACAUCGUGUUCAGCGCGAGGUUCUUGGAUAGGUGUCGAUGGAACACAGCCCCCGGACGUAAAGUCUAUUACCCCAUUGUCUUCAGCCUGUAUAAUCCGCACGUUGUGUAUACACUGCAGGGAAGAGACGUGCCUCCGGAAACGGAUCAGCUAGUGAUCUCGAGGGAUACGGGAUUCUGGCGAGAUUUUGGUUACGGAAUGACCUGCCAGUACAGGUCGGACUUCUUAAGGGUGCGAGGCUUCGACGAAAAUAUUGUUGGCUGGGGAGGCGAGGAUGUAACUCUCUACCGCAAGUACGUAAAGAGCAAUAUCAAGGUCAUCCGCGCCACCGACCCCGGAAUAUUCCACAUCUGGCAUCCAAAGGUAUGCUCGGGUGGACCAGGCCAGCGUCUCUCGACCGAUCAGUAUCGCGCAUGUAUUCGCUCACGGGCCCUAAACGAGGCCUCCCACGCGCAACUCGGCUUCCUGGCCUUCCGCGAGGACAUCGCCAGUCAGGCAAUUAAUCUCAAGAGCUCGCCGUCCAAGAAGAAGAAGUCGCCGCCGAGGAAGGAGAAGCGGCCCAAGCAGCAGCAACAUUCGGUUCUGCCUGCCAACUCGAGAUAUGCCGAGUUUGACAGCAUUGAAGAAAUGGCCACCGAAGGCAGAUUAACUUGUGAUUAUAUCAAAGAAUUGGAAUCCAUCGACAUGGAUGCCAAGUGA